AUGCAAGAUGAGCAAUCUGAGUUUUUAAGGUUCCAAAUGGAGCUUGAGUUUAUACAAUGUCUUUCUCAUAUGGGCUAUCUCAAUUGUAACAGUGACUUAGAUUUAGCGGGCAUGGGAUAUUUUGAUGAUCCAAUGUUUAUUGAAUAUUUGGAAUACCUUAAUUAUUGAACUCAGCCAGAAUACUCGAAAUUCAUUAUGUAACUAUUAUUAAGAUUUCCCCGCUGCUUGCAUUUUUUAAAGCUGCUUCAAUCAGCUGAAUUCAGGCAGUCAUGCAAAAAUGUAAAUUUCACAAAUUUUAUGCAUAGGCAAGGGUAUUUUCAUUGGUAUUUCAAAGAAAACAGUACAGAACGAGGACUAAGCCCUUUAAUUGAUAUUGAGCUUGGUCAAAAUUAUAGCAUCCUUACAUUAAACCGAGCAAGCAACUCUAAUGCUCUUAAUUUUGAAAUGGUUGAAAGCCUUGUAAAAAUAUUGCAAUUGAAAAACGAUGAUAUCACUCUUAUUCUAUGCGGACAGAAAGAUGAAUUUAGCAUAGGUGACGAUAUGCUAUGGCUUUCAUUGAACCCAAGAUCUAUAUCAUCAUUCUGUGAAAAUAAAGCCAGAGCUCUCCAUUUCUUAAAGAGACAGCAAAAAUCUGUAUGUAUAAUGCAAGGGACUGUAAUGGGUUCAGGAACAGGUUUAGCAUUGAGCUGCAAAAUAAGGAUUGCUACUCCUACUACUGUAUUUUCUGUUCCAGAAAAUACCUUCGGGACUUGCCAAGAUGGGAGCACAGCGAAUUUUUUUGCAAAUGUUUUGAAAUUUCCAUUGGGCUUAUAUUUAUCAUUAACUGGUGACACUAUUACUGGUGCUGAUGUUUUUCUUUUAGGAAUUGCCACACAUUAUCUGCCAUCGGAGAACGCUGUAAAUAAGCUGCUCAACGAACUAAAAACUAGCACAAACCCAUGGCAAACAGCUGAUAAAUAUCACAGUGCCCCUCAGCUUACCAAUAAUAUAUUACAUCAGGCAACCCAAGUCUUAGAAAACACCUUUGGGAAAUCUAACAGCAUUGAAAAAUUAAAAGAAAAUUUAUCCUCUGCUUUAAAGCUAGAAAACGAUGAAGAAUCAGUUGUUGUAAAAUUCAUAAAAGGCGCAAUCAGACUUAUUAAACAGCAAUGUCCUUUAUCACUUAAAGUAAUUUUUAUUUAGAUUUGCAUGAAACACCUUCUUAAAUGCAGAAAGCUUUCAGAAAAAGACUGCCUAGUUCAAGGCUACAACUUGCAAAACCAGCUUUACCUCCACAAAAGCCUUAAUUUUGAAAUCGCUGUAAGACAUAAGCUGAUCCAAAAAUCAGCGACAGCUCCUGAAUGGGUUCCAGAUAGUAUAGAAAGUAUCCCUAACAAAGACUUGCAUAUGUUUUUCGCUAAUGAAGAAGGGCCGAAAAUAGAAUUAAAUAAUUAA